AUGGACACCCGUUCGCCAGCAACCCCAAACACGCCUUACGGCCAGGCAAGCCAGUACAAGGUCAACGUCAACCGGCAGAAGACGAGGAAAUGGGUCGAGGCCAAGACGCAGAAUUACGACGGUGACGACUGGGGAGAAAUCGACGACGAGUUUAACGACGACGAUGCCCACGACACGGGCAGCGCAGGUGGGCGCCAAGAUUAUUUCAACCAGCCCCCGCAGGCUCAGAGGCCCGGCAGGUUGACGGCCGGGCUGCGCGCGAUAUCCAACAGCGGACCACCGACGCCCGGCUCAGGAUCCGCCGGCUCGUCGCCCAGCCUGAGACCGAGCGAGCGCAUAGCCCUGGAGAAGCAGGCGGCUGGGAACAGGAGCGCGAGCGGGCCGCCAGCUCUGCACAUCCAGACGCCGACCAAGACGCCGACGCAGCCACCACCCCAGGUCGCGGGGCCGCCGGGGCCGAUGGGUGCUGCAGCCUCACCGUUCCCGCCCCGAAAGAGCAGCAUGACGAGCCAGGACAGACCCGACCUGACGAGUGCCGACGCGCGACCGCCCCGGACGAGCUCGAGACCCGAGUCCCCAGCGAACGCGGCGAGAUCGCCUGCCUCGGCGACAGGACCACCGAAGUUCAUCCGGCCAUCCGACAUCUACAAGCGAAUGGAGGAGGAGAAGGAGAAAGAACGUAGGUCAAUGGAGUCGGCGGGGAGGCCAAGCCUGGACAGUAUCGGGGGUCGAAGUAGUGAAGACGGCGGCGACGCGACAAAUGCCCGACGGCGCCCGAGUUUCGGCAGGAACGAUGAAGGAGAGGCCAACCGCAGCUUGCGACCCCUGGACACGGUCGCAGAGAGAAAGAGCGAGUAUGGAUUUGAUGGGCUGAUGAUCAACCCAGCAGCUCCAGCUCCACCGAACCCAGAGGCGUCGCACCAGGACCAGAACCAGACCCAGGCCGAAUCUAGGAAUGCAAAUGUGCCCGAGCCUUCGAUCCCCUCCCAUCCCCAGCCGCCGACGCUGCACCACCCCCAGGCAUCCAACGCUACGGAAACCCCAGCCGAACCAGUGAAGCGUUAUUCUACGAGCCCCAAGCUGCCCCUCCUUUCGAGGUUGAGUGGUUUUGGUGGUGAUUUCUUCUCUGGAGGUAUGGGCUUUACGAGCGAUUCACCCAAGUCGUCAGAGCCCCCCACCGACACGUCGCCAACGCGUACGGGACACGAUACCGCGAGUGUGCCACGCACAGUAGACGACGGACAAUCUGGCAACCAGUCAAAGCCGUCCCGCCCCUCCUUUCCUGGAGCCUGGGUCAGUGAGACGGCCACCACACCAGGAGACAUGGCCACUGCUGGCAGCAGCAUAGCCGCCGCCCCAGGCGAUGUACCUUCCAUCAGUGAGAGCCCAGAAGACGCCCACCUCAAACCAGCACCUCUGCGUACACCAUCGCCAGGCAGUGCAAGUGCAUUCAGCGCCCACGACGAUCAACACUCCAACAGGUCCGGACGCGCGUCGCCCGCUAAUCACAACUAUCUCAAAGCUACAGCAGAGCGGCCCCAAGCGCGAGACGACGCCACGCAGGAUUCCCUUCCGGAGCAAGACACCCAGGACAGGGCCCAGGCCCGCCGAGACAUGACCCCGAUCGCCCCAUUGCAGCCCCGUAAAAACUCGUUCGUGGAGGAAGCCCCGACGCAACCGAGCAAUCCCAUAACCAGAGUCGACACGGUGAGCACGGCAGACAACGCAUCGCCACUUAAGGAGAGCGAUGUCCUUCGCGACGAGAUUAUGCGGAGCCUUAGCCCGGUCCGUCCCUCCGAUGGGCACAUCGAACCGCCUCGAGACGAGAGCGCAGCCCGCGAGAGCGCAUACCUAAAUGAUGUCUACGGUGACUAUUGGUCAGGCGAGGACAGGCCGCCCGAGGUCGAGAUCCCUCAGAACCAAAGUGGUCUCCGCCAAGUCGGGUCUGCCUCACCAGCUAAGGACGAGGCUGCAGAUGGCACGCCUAGACCUCCCGCGCAAGCAGCCUUCGAACCUGUGACGACGGACGCUACCCCGCCAGCCAUCCCAGCUGCCGAGCCAGAGGCUGUCACGUCAGCGCCGAGGCGAGAGCGAUUCUCAUGGGAGGCAGGCUCUACUCCCGGCGGCGGCAGCUCUGCACAAGCCUCGCCGACGAAACAGCCAACCACCGAGUCUCCAGAGAGCUUGACAAGCCCGGUUACUGCAGCGCGACACGAGGACCCCACGAGCCCUGGCAGCGAUGGCCGUGGCUCCCCUCUUCUAUCCCUGCCGACGGUGAACUUCGACAGCGACAUUUCCCCCCAAGUGGCAUCAGCAGUAAGCACGCUGUCUCCAGGCCAGGACACCUUCUCCCCGCCACCUGAGGAGGGCGCGAACAAACACCUCUACCCGUCCGAGGAAAAGAUGCUGGUCCAGUCACCAAUGUCCCCCCUAUCCCCGAUGGAGCCGAUUCCGAUCGCAGAAGACGAAGAGCAACAACGCACCACAUCGCCACCACCGCAUGAGCCCCCCGAGGGCGUGCCGCUGCCGCGCAGCCCGUCGCCCACGCAGGCGGGCCCGAGCGGCGGGGUCGACGACACCAAGCGCCAGAGCCAGCCGGCGUACAACAUGAUGUCGCUCAAGCAGGUCCUGCAGCUGCCGUCGUCGCCCGACCGGGUGCAGAAGAUGCAGGAGACGCGCGAGCACCUGGCGGUGCUGGAGACGGGCCUCGCCUCGUGGCUGGCGGAGAUGGCGGCGCAGCCGGCGCACGAGAACGCCAUGCCGUCGUACAACUACGCGCUGUCCGGGGACGACGCGGAGCUGUGGGGCACCAAGGGCGGCGCGGUGCGGAUCCCGCUCAACGCGCCGGCGCCCGGGGUCGAAGGGGCCGGCGAGGACGGAGGAGGUGGGGGCGUCGGCCGCACGCCCAGCACCAGCCUCAACAUGGGCAACCUGGUCAUGCACUCCGGGCAGGCCGGGGCUAAGGGCAAGGAGCUGCUGCAGAGCGCCGGUAAGAUGGGCAAGGGUUUGUUGAGUAAGGGCAAGAACAAGCUGAGGGAGAGGGCCGAGUCCAAGAGGGGCUGA